GCGCAGCGCAGCCGCCAUUUUCUUCCCCUCAGCGGAUCCGAGUAGAAGCGUCGGACCGAGCUCUCGUGCCGAACCGAUCCCUCAAACUAGCUCCACUAUCACCGGGCUUUAGAUAGCGAUGCCGGCCCAUCCGCUUCGCGUCGCGGUCGUGUGCUCCAGCAACCAGAACCGCAGCAUGGAAGCGCACAACAUCCUGAGCAAGCGAGGGUUUGAUGUGCGUUCCUUCGGCACGGGAACCCACGUGAAACUCCCGGGACCGGCUCCGGACAAACCCAACAUUUACGACUUCAAAACCACUUAUGAGCAGAUGUACAACGACCUGGUCCGUAAAGACAAGGAACUAUACACACAGAACGGGAUCCUGCACAUGCUGGACCGCAACAAGCGCAUCAAGACGCGUCCCGAGCGCUUCCAGAACUGCAAAGAGCAGUUUGACCUGGUGAUCACGUGUGAGGAGCGAGUGUACGACCAGGUGCUGGAGGACCUGAACUCGCGCGAGCAGGAGACCUUUCAGCCGGUGCACGUCAUCAACGUGGACAUUCAGGACAACCAUGAGGAGGCCACGCUGGGAGCCUUCCUCAUCUGUGAGCUCUGCCAGUGUAUCCAGCACACGGACGACAUGGAGAAUGAGAUGGAUGAACUUCUGCAGGAGUUUGAGGAGAAAAGCCACCGGCCGUUCCUUCACACCGUGUGUUUCUACUGACCGCGCCGCUCAUUUACAUGCAGAAACUCUGACGUGACGCGACACGCACAUCCAGCGCGUCAGGACCGAACCCCUGUCGCUGGCAGUCGCGCGUUUCUCUCUCUUUCUCGUUCUGUUUACCGCCAACACAAACCUCAGAAGGAAAGAUCGUCACCGCUGCGCUACGCUAACUCUGACUCGAAGUCCUGAGAUUUUGAUUUUGAUGAACGUACGUGGACUUUGAAUGCUGGUCCCUGCUGUAAAUGGAACUGAAGGAACUUUGAUAGAGAACAAAACGGUUCUAGAGUAAAAAUAGCGCUGUCACGAAAACCUGGUUUGAGUGUUUAGGACCUGAGACAAACCCGCUAUUAAUAAGGGUUUUCCUGAAUCUGACGGGUCUGUUCCAGCUGGACACUGACUAUAUCUGAUCACAUGUUUAAACACAUGUUUUAUUUAGAGGAUGUACUGUUUCAUAACUCUGGCAGACGGGACGUGAUUUCUUUUGGUUUUCUCAUGAAUUUUUUUCAGCGUUAUUUAAAGAUGGGAUUUGAUACUUAUGUUUUGUUUUUCUUUAAUUUUGUUAAUGAAAGGACGAUUCUGUAAUUGUACCUGAGCAAGCCCAGAGUGCCUGAAAUUACUCUUGUAAAUACUGCGCUAUGAAUGAAUGAAUGAAUAAAGCGUUAAUGAAUCUCA